CUGCUGCUGCUGCUGCUGCUGUUAAUAUUCAGAGCUGCUUCCCAGAACACUAGAGACAUCGACGUGUGUGAGCGACCCUGGAGGACGCCCUGUGUACCAUACGUUGACUGCCAGGGCGUGGAUGGGAGAUACUGCGUGUGCGGCCCAGGGCAGGAGCUGAUUCCCGAGAUGACAUUCAGGAAUGAGAGUGAAAACAUGUGUCAAGGGCUCUUGGUGCUGCUGCUAUUGACACUGGGGCCUGUACAGAAACUGAAUGCUUCUGCCCCCACAGACUGUGCUCAGUGGUGCCCUCCAAAGUCCUCAUGUGUCAACGCCACGGCCUGUCGCUGCUCUCCAGGGUUCACUUCUUUAUCCGGGGACAUCUUCACCAACCGCUUGGAGAAUUGUGAUGACAUCAACGAGUGUGGACCACCCCCCAGAGUGUCCUGUGGAAAAUUCGCACACUGCCUUAACACAGAGGGGAGCUACCACUGCACGUGCGGCCCAGGAUACGAGCUUGCUUCCGGGGCAAAAACAUUCAGGAAUGAAAGUGAGAACACAUGUCAAGUAAUUUCAGUUCACAUUCCUGAGAGCAAACCAGAUGACCAGAAGCCAGAAGAAUGCUGUGUGGAGUCUAAGCAGAAUUACACAGAUCCACCCCCAUACACACAUAGAGAAUUACAUGAUCAGAAGGGGCUCCCGUCGAGACAAGAUAGCAACAGACGGCAUCACUGGGGACCAGCAGGCAACUUUUUCCCCAGCUGGACCCCACCCCGUGGAAUCAAGAGCCGGAGACUCUCCCGCUUCUUUGAAAAAGUCGAAGAUCUGGCCAGAAAGUUCAUACCGGCCUUUGCCCAGGACAGCAUCCAGGGCCUCAUAGAGGGGGUGGAUGAGUUGUUGCAGACCCCGGAAGACUUGGAGGCGCUGCCCCGCUCAGAGCAGCACCGUGUGGCCACGAACCUGCUCGCUGGCCUGGAGGACGUCCUGAGAAACAUAAGCCAGGCCCUGCCCAAUGGGACAUUGACCUUCAAUGCAUCUGCAGGCACAGACCUGUCCCUGAAGGUGCAAGAACAAGGAGACAGAAAUGUCACCUUGAGUCUGAACCAGGCAAAGAUGCUGCUGAGCUUGGAUGAGGUGCAUGGAUCUAGUGACUCAGGUCCUUCUGUGGUGGGCCUCGUCUCCACUCCAGGGUUGGGCAAGUUACUGGCCAAGGCGCCCCUGGUCCUGGACCCUAAGCAGCAGGCACUUCUGCGUGAACGCAAGGAAUGGCUGGGAGAGGUCUCCCCUGUCCUGCUCUCAGAUGUCGUCUCUGCCUUUGUGAGCAACAAGGACACCCAGAACCUCAGCUCCCCCGUCACCUUCAUCUUCUCCCACCGCUCGGUGACGCCCGGGCCAACGCAGAAGGUGUUCUGUGUCUUCUGGGAGCACAGUCAGGAUGGAGGCGGUCAUUGGUCCACCACGGGCUGCAGGAUGGCGGCCACCAGAGACGCCAGCACCACCUGCCAGUGCUCCCACCUCAGCAGCUUUGCCGUCCUCAUGGCCCACAGCCACGUGCAGGAGGAGGAUCCCGUGCUGGCUGUGAUCACCUACGUGGGGCUGGGCCUCUCUCUGCUGUGCCUCCUCCUGGCAGCCCUCACCUUCCUCCUGUGCAAAGCCAUCCAGAACACCAGCACCUCGCUCCACCUGCAGCUCUCGAUCUGCCUCUUCCUGGCCCACCUGCUCUUCCUCACGGCCAUCGACCAGACCAAGAUCAAGCUGCUGUGCGCCAUCAUCGCGGGGGCCUUACACUAUCUCUACCUGGCCUCCUUCACCUGGAUGCUGUUGGAGGGUCUACACCUCUUCCUCACGGCACGCAACCUGACGGUGGUCAACUACUCCAGUGUGAGCAGGUUCAUGAAGAGACUCAUGCUCCCUGUGGGCUAUGGAGUCCCGGCUCUAAUCGUGGCCAUUUCUGCUGCAUCCAGACCUUCCCUUUAUGGAACACCCACCAGAUGCUGGCUCCACACAGACAAAGGAUUUGUAUGGACCUUCCUGGGCCCCAUCUGCACCAUCUUCUCCAUUAAUCUGGCCUUCUUUCUGAUGACCUUCUGGAUUGUGAAAAACAAGCUCUCCUCCCUCAACAGAGAUGUGUCCACCCUCCAGAACACCAGGAUGCUGACAUUCAAAGCGACGGCUCAGCUCCUCAUCCUGGGCUGCACUUGGUGUCUGGGCGUCCUGCAGGUGGGGCCAGCUGCCCGCGUCAUGGCUUACCUCUUCACCAUCAUCAACAGCCUGCAGGGAGCGUUCAUCUUCCUGGUGUACUGCCUCCUCAGCCAGCAGGUCCGGGAGCAGUACGGGAAAUGGUUCAGAGGGGUCAGGAAAGCCAAAGCCGAGCCUGAGAAUUACACGCUCUCAAGCGGGACCGUGUCUGAUGCCUCCAAGCACAGUGCGGUAAGAUAUGCAGUGUUCCCAGAGCACUUCCCUAGCCGAUCCACUUGGGCGUCUCCUGCCUGCCUCACUGGACAACCUGGGCAGAUAGCAGGGGAUGCCCUAGGAAGGCUCAUGCCUGGACUCCCUUGAAGGCACUUCCCUGUCUUGAAACGAGCUCUUCACUAUACUUUCACUCGCUGAGCUUCUGUGCCCUCUUGCACAUGACUGUCCUCUUUGCAUGAUAUGGUGCAACCACUUUUUAACUAUACUUAAAAUCAACAAGAUAGAAAACACUCAGAAGCAGAGAAAGAUGCUGUGGUCAGCUAAGUAAUUGGGAAGUAAUAAUCUGGAGCAGAGAUGCCCCAGCUGUACAGGGUCACUGCAUAUCCUGUAUCCCAAAUCAUUCCAUGCUGUCCCUGUAUAUAACGAACAAUAAACACCUGGUGUGUAUAUAGUCAUAAAAGUGAAAUAAGGAUUAAGUUGCAUUGAAACCUCCCAUAAAAGUCUGCAAUCAUUCCUAGUAUUUCCAAAGAUACAGACACUGUAAAACCUCAUUAGAGAAUCACAGAGGGCAAGGGGAGAGAUUCUGGCAAUGUGAAUUGUCCCAAUCAUUUGUACGUUCGGGUCCACAAAACUUUUUCUCUUCUUAGACUUCUUUUGACAAUAUUUUAUAGUUUUCUAUACACAAACCUUGCACUUUCUAACACAGAAUC